AUUUUCAGGAGCAGAAUCAUGGAUGGAGAUAAAAUGUGGUAUCAGGAAUGGUAAUGCUUUGUAAGCAACCGAAGUCUAAGUGGGAGUUAAUAUGUUCCGUGUUCUACCAUAGGUUUACUAAGGAGUGUUGCCAUGGUUUUCUUUCUGUUCUCCUCAACUCUGGGAUGAUAAAUUUGUCUCGGCAGAGAACUAUUAUUGUGGUGCGAAAUUGUUGUCCUAGUUCGCUUCCAGUUGCUUAUAUCUUUCUACAAGCUAUUCCACCUCUGGGUUUGAAAAGUAUGGAAUCUGUGGCUGUUCUUACAUUUGUUCAAGGCAUUAAUGUCGAUAUCAAUAAUGACCAGGUGGUUGUCUGUUCUAUUACAGUCGAAGGGCUGCGUGGCGAUCAUUUUGGUCUGGGAAGUUGUAAGGCGAGUUGUUUACAUCUAAACCUUUCUAGGCCUCGUAGAAAAAUUCCAUUCCAAAACAUUCCAUCAUCACCCAGCGCAAGCAGAAGCAGCCUGAAUUCCCAUCCACUGGAUCAAGAGAAGUUAGCUGUCUGCGCAGAGUCACUUUCUAGGCUAUGCUCGACAGGACAGGUGCUCGUACGUGUAAUGGUUCACAAGGAUCCGAUAUAA